AUUACUUUUGUUACCAUGCCUGGCGGCUUUUGUGAUGUAAAUUAUAUAGGAGGUGGAUCUGUUGUGUUUGUCUUAGUUAGUGAAGUCAGCGGAAUUUGAGACCGUGCCGGAAUUAGACCAUUACCCAGUAGCAAAGUUGAGUUCCCAUAUGUACCUGUACGACGCUUACUAGUAACCAUAGAAUUACUUUUAAAACAUUUGGACCAUAUAAUAAUCUUCAUCUUCAAUACACCAUGGAAUGGGACGAUCUGCUAAGAAAACAUCUCGGUGAGUUCGGAAGGUUUCAAAAAUUAACCUCUCUGCUUGCAAUUGGGGUCGGUCCGACCUUUGGGCUGAGUUUGGUCGCGAUGACGUUCUUGGCAGCGACACCGGAACACAAUUGCCGCGUCUUUGGAAACACUUCUUCGGUCGAACAUCGCUACAGCACCGAGGGAUUUAAUUUGAGUAUCCCCUUGGAAAAUAUCGGCGGCACCUGGAAAUACAGCUCGUGUUUGAUGUACAAAAACUCAAAAAGGACAGAGUCAUCGAGGAAUGAAACUACAGCAUGUACCCAUGGCUGGGAGUAUGACAGAACCAUUUACCAGAGUACCAUCGUCACAGAGUAUAACCUAGUGUGCGGGAGAUCCUGGUUGAAGGGACUUGGUCAGAGCACUUUCAUGGCAGGGGUGGGCGUAGGUGGAAUCUUGUUCGGCAUCAUUUCGGACAGGUUUGGCCGCCGACCUACUACAGUGUUUUGCCUUGUACUGCACCUCGCAUCGAGCACAGGAGCGUCUUUCACGUCAGAUUAUGUUUCCUUCAUCGUUCUACGUGCGUUAGAUGGAGCAGCUGUCAAUGGUCUAUACUUCACCGCCUUUGUUCUAGCCCUGGAAGUUGUCGGACCUUCCAAGCGAAAUGCAGUAGGCAUGGCUGUGACCCUGAGUUUCGCGAUAGGAUUCUUCGUCCUUUCUCUACUGGCUUACUUCCUGCGAACCUGGCGGAAUCUUCAGCUGGUCCAAGCAUUGAUAAUGUACCCACUCCUAUGCUAUUGGUGGGUACUUCCAGAGUCCCCCAGAUGGCUGAUCAGUAAACAACGAUUCACGGCCGCCAAGGAUGUCCUUAAGAGAGCUGCUCGGAUAAACAAGGUUACCAUACAAGACCGAGUCUCGGAUCUGCUCGCAAAGCCAGCUGAAUCCAACGAGAACACAAAGAGUUUCACAAUAAUUGACCUCGUGCGAACCCCUCGGAUGCGCAAAAUCACAUUGACGAUGUGCUUGGUAUGGAUGUUCAUAGCAGGAGUCUAUUUUGGCCUAAUUGUCGGGACGACAGAUCUAGCCGGGGACCCGUACGUCAACUUUGCCCUGGGUGCAGCUCUGGAAAUCGGACUGGCUAUUCUAGGGUGGGCGGGCAUGGAGAGAUGGGGCAGGAAACCAGUCAUAGCAGGGUCCGCUUUACUUGCAGGGACAGGUUGCCUGGUGACAGCGGCUACAAAGGAACUACCGACUAUUUCCCGUAAAUUUGCCUUGGUCGGCAGAGUUGUCAUCGGAAUUACUUACAACUGUUUUAUCGCAUACUCACCUGAGGUUUUCCCGACUGUAGUAAGGAGCAUGGGCAUGGGUGUGGCCACCGCGUUUUCCCGCAUUGGCAGCAUAUCGGCUCCCUUCGUGACGCUCCUGGGUGAUGUCUGGCUGCCCCUCCCCAUGGUGACGUUUGGUGUGGCGGCGUGUGCAGGCGGCUUGGCUGUCUUCUUGCUCCCGGAAACACUUGGAGUCCCCCUGCCUGAAACUAUAGAGGAUGUGGAGAAUGGAAAGCCACAACAAAGCGACAACGACAGCUCUGCGAACUAUACAAACCCUCGGACCGAACAUGACCCCUUCAAAAACAUGAAACAUUUAUCGUUAGAUAACUUCCAUCCGUCGCCUCUUUCGGUAAGAAUCAAUUGAGAGCAAUGAGACAAAAGAGUAAACCAUCAUUUAUUUCUGUUACAUGGCGCCGAUGUUGCAGGUAGCCCUUGUCACUAAUGUCAUAAAUGUUACAUUUUCUUCCUAGACCUGUUUAUACAAAAAAUAUUGUUAACUUGACUAAACCAUAGAUCGUGUUUAGAACGACCGCGUUGAUAUCGUAACAUUUAUUUGAGCCAUGGUUAUCUUGCAUCCAAUUUUUAAGUUUAAACUGUUGCUUUCCUCUCUUGGCUUGAAGAAAAUGUUUGAGAUAGAAACCUGUCUUAGCAAGUAGGACGAAGAUAAGCGACGAACCAAAG